AUGGGCAAUCUGGUGGACAGAGAGGAAGAACCGGCUUCCCAGGGCCACCUGGACCUCAUGGAGAUCAUUGGUCUCCCUCUGUCCCCCUCCGUGUCCUUCGUCACAGGCUAUGGUGGCGUCCCAGCCUACAACUUCGGGCCUGGUGCCAAUGUGGGCCGCCCGGCCAGUGUUCUCAUCCCGCCCACUUUCUUCCGGGACUUUGCCGUCAGUGUCAUCGCGAAGCCCAGCAGUGACCAGGGUGGCGUGCUCUUCGCCAUCACAGAUACCUACCAGACGGUCAUCCACCUGGGCCUGCAGCUCUCGGGCGUGGAGGAUGGGCACCAGCGGAUCACCCUCUACUACACGGAGCCCGGCUCCUCCGUGUCCCAUGAGGCUGCUGCCUUCUUGGUGCCUGUGAUGACCCACAGGUGGAACCGUUUCUCUGUGACCGUCAAGGGCGAGGAAGUGACCCUCCUGGUGGACUGUGAGGAGCACAGCCGCGUCCCCUUCCAGCGGUCCUCCCGGGCCUUGGCUUUCGAGCCCAGAGCAGGGCUCUUCGUGGGUAGUGCAGGAGCCAGGAAGCUGCAGAAAUUCAUCGGCUCCAUACAGCAGCUCACCAUCCACUCGGACCCCAGGGCCCCUGAGAAGCAAUGCGAAGCCGAAGAAUCCUCGGCAUCAGGAGAGACCAGCGGGCUUCAGGAGACAGACGGAAUGGCUGAGAUCUUAGAUGCCGACACCUACACUCAAGCCCCGCCUAAAGAAACAAAAGUUGAACCCAUAAACACGCCUCCAACUACAUCCCCUCCCUCUGAGGAUGAGGAGCUUUCUGGUGAGCCUAUACCUGAGGGGACCCCGGAAACCGCCAACCUGAGCGCCAUCCUGUACAGCAGCACUGAGCAAGGGUCUGGUGAGAGCCUGAAUGACACGCUGGAGGGGGUUCCUACUGUGAACAGUGCCUCCGUUACAGACUCUGGCUCAGGGGAUGGGGCCUUCCUUCAUGUCACUGAAGAGGGUCCACGUACUGAAGAAGGUUUGGCAGCAACAGCAGCAGCUGGAGGCACUGAGAUAACCACCAGCAUUGCAGGCGAAGCAGAGGCCGGCAGUGUGCCUACCGGGGGGCCAGCUCUCUCCAUGUCCACCCAGGAUCCUGGGGAAGGGGCCACUGAAGGUCCAGAUACUGAAGAAGGCUCUGCUGAGAUACCAUCCAGGGAGGCCGAGAUGCCCACCAGCACUGAUGGGGAAGCAGAGGCCGGCACUGUGCUCAGCAGGGGACUGGCCCUCUUCAUGUCCACUCAGGGGCCUGGGGAAGGGGUCACUCUGGGUCCAGUCAGUGAAGGGGGUCCAACAACAGCAGAAAUGUCUCUCAGCACUUGCGACGAUGAGGAUGAGGAGCCCAGCAAGGUUCCCACGGGCAGCCCGCCUCCUGUGACACCCACAGGGGCCCCUGAGCAAGUGGUCACUUUUGGUCCUGGUGAUGAUGAAGACUUAGCAGCAGCCACAACGGAGGAGCCCCUUUCCAGGGCUGACCCAGAGGAGUCAGGGUCGGGCAGUGCUCCCCCUGAGGGGCCCUUACUCCCUGUACCCCCAGUGACUCCUGAAGCUAUAGUCCCUCCAGUCACUUCGGUAGGAGCGGAGGUUGAGGGCUCCGGCCUGGUGUGGGGCUCAGACAUCGGCUCUGGCUCUGAUGACCUGGGGCACAGUGAGGAGCUGCUAAGGGGUCCUCCAGGCCCCCCAGGCCCACCUGGCUUACCUGGGAUUCCAGGAAAACCAGGAACUGAUGUUUUCAUGGGACCCACUGGAUCUCCUGGACAGGAUGGAGCUGCUGGUGAACCUGGGCCCCCGGGCCCCAAGGGACAGCCUGGACUUGAUGGAGCCUCCGGCCUUCCUGGGAUGAAAGGGGAGAAGGGAGCAAGAGGGCCUAAUGGCUCAGCUGGUGAAAAGGGUGACCCCGGCAACAGAGGCUCACCAGGACCCCGAGGGAAAGAUGGACAAGCUGGCACUCCUGGGGUCAUGGGACCCCCAGGGCCUCCCGGGCCCCCUGGGCGCCCAGGCCCUGACUGUGGGAUGGGACUUGAAUUUGAGGAUACAGAAGGCUCUGGGAGCAUCAGGGUACAGCAUGAACCCAGAAUCUCUGGACCAAAGACUUCAAAUGGUCUCAAAGGAGAAAAAGGAGACCCAGGACUCAAGGGUGAAAGAGGGAUGGAUGGAACCAGCAUUGUGGGACCCCCUGGCCCCAGGGGACCACCGGGGCGCAUCGAGGUCUUACCUAGUUCUUUGAUCAACAUCACCCAUGGAUCCAUGAAUCUCUCGGACAUUCCUGAGCUCAUUGGGCCUCCGGGCCCGGAUGGCGUGCCUGGGCCGCCAGGGUUUCCAGGCCCGAGAGGACCAAAAGGUGACACUGGUGUGCCUGGAUUUCCAGGACUCAAAGGGGAACAGGGCGAGAAGGGAGAGCCGGGCGCCAUCCUGACGGGGGACAUUCCUCUGGAAAGGCUGAGGGGGGAGAAGGGUGAACCUGGAAUGCACGGAGCCCCAGGACCGAUGGGGCCCAAAGGACCACCAGGACACAAAGGAGAAUUUGGCCUCCCUGGACGACCUGGUCGCCCAGGACUGAAUGGCUUCAAGGGCGCCAAAGGAGAUAGAGGGAUCAUGAUGUCGGGCCCACCUGGCUUACCUGGUCCUCCAGGCCCCCCUGGCCCACCUGGAGCUGUGAUUAACAUCAAAGGAGCUGUCUUCCCCAUACCGCCCCGGCCACACUGCAAGACACCGGUUGGUACCGCUCAUCCUGGGAAUUCAGAACUCAUCACCUUUCACGGUGUUAAAGGUGAAAAGGGAACCUGGGGUCUUCCCGGCUCAAAGGGAGAAAAAGGCGACCAGGGGGCCCAGGGACCACCAGGCCCUCCAGUGGACCCAGCUUACCUGAGACAUUUUCUGAACAGCUUGAAGGGGGAGCACGGAGACGGAGGAGGCCGUCCAGGCGAGCUCUCUGUGUCGGGGCCUCCAGGCCGACCGGGAAGCCCAGGCCUGGUUGGUCAGAAAGGGGAUACUGUCGUUGGGCCCCAGGGACCCCCUGGUGUUCCUGGCCUGCCUGGGCCACCUGGCUUUGGAAGACCUGGUUCUCCUGGGCCACCAGGACCUCCAGGGCCACCGGGACCUCCGGCUAUCCUGGGAGCAGCUGUGGCCCUACCAGGCCCGCCCGGCCCUCCAGGACAGCCAGGGCUCCCCGGAUCCAGAAACCUGGUGACAGCCCUGAGAAGCAUGGACGACAUGCUGCAGAAUGCGCAUUUGGUGAUAGAAGGGACGUUCAUCUACUUGCGGGACAGCACUGAGUUUUUCAUUCGUGUCAGAGAUGGCUGGAAAAAAUUACAGCUGGGAGAACUGAUCCCCAUUCCUGCCGACAGUCCUCCACCCCCUGCGCUUUCCAGCAGCAAUCCACAUCCGCUUCAGCCUCCACUGAUGUCUGUUUCAAAUGUCAAUUAUGGGAGGCCUGCACUGCACUUGGUUGCUCUGAACAUGCCAUUUUCUGGGGACAUUCGAGCUGAUUUUCAGUGCUUCCAGCAGGCCAGGGCUGCAGGACUGUUGUCCACCUACCGAGCAUUCUUGUCCUCCCAUCUCCAAGAUCUCUCCACAGUUGUGAGGAAAGCAGAGAGAUACAGUCUUCCAAUAGUGAACCUCAAGGGACAAGUACUUUUUAAUAAUUGGGACUCAAUUUUCUCUGGCCAUGGAGGUCAGUUCAGUACACAUGUUCCAAUAUAUUCUUUUGAUGGCCGAGACGUGAUGACAGAUCCUUCUUGGCCCCAGAAGGUCGUUUGGCAUGGCUCCAGUCUCCAUGGAGUGCGUCUUGAGGAUAAGUACUGUGAAGCAUGGCGAACUGCCGACAUGGCAGUCACGGGAUUGGCCUCCCCACUGAGCUCGGGGAAGAUUCUGGACCAGAAAGCGUAUAGCUGCGCUAGUAGGCUAAUUGUUCUCUGUAUUGAAAACAGUUUCAUGACCGAUGCUAGGAAGUAAUGACCUUCCUAUGAUCCUUAAGAGUUUCCCAAUUUUUCUUAUGUGAAGAGUUGACACUGAAAUCUAAAAUGUUUAAAUGUUGUAAAUAUUAAUUUUUUAUUAUACAUUCAUCACAACAGCAACCAAAGAAAACAUACCUCAGUACACUCAAAACUGAAGACAUCAAGAACUCAGAUCAAAGAUAAACAUCUGAUCCAUAUAUUGGUGCUAGAUUCUGCAGGAGACCCCAUGCAGUGUGAGCACAUCCCAACACGGCCAAGGGCACCUUGCAAACAAAGGCCUUGGCAUUCUGCUGACUGCAUCCUUCAGAAAGUCAUUUCCUCCUUUUAACCAUUGUUGUUGAGUGUAAGAUGUCCUUCAUGUUUUCUUACAAAAGUCGGUGUUUAGAAAUGUUACCCCUUUUUAAGUUAUGUGCAGACCAAAUGCUUUAUUCUUUAAUAUACAUCCGUCAUUUGCAACUGCUGUUCAUACAGAGAUACAGAACUGCUCAAAUGAUCCUAACUGUAGUUUCUGGUAAUAUCAGACUUCAAUGUUUUUAUUUUCUAAAAUAUUAUCAUCAUGCUUUAGGAGUUUUAUAUUUUUGCUACAA